AUGAAUGAUGAGUUACAUGAAGCUCGAAAAGAACUUAUUAAUAACAAGUCAAAGGGUCUCAUCUUGGUUACUUCAGAUGUAUCUGCACGUGGAGUUGAUUAUCCAGAUGUUACUCUUGUUGUACAGGUUGGUCUACCGGCUGAUAGAGAACAAUAUAUACAUCGACUAGGUAGAACGGGGCGAAGAGGAAAAGAAGGGCAGGGCAUACUGCUACUAGCUCCUUGGGAAGAGUUCUUUUUAGCUACUGCAAAAGAUUUACCUAUUGGGAAAGCUCCGGUCCCUUCAGUUGAUUCUGACACUAAGAAAAAGGUGGAAAGGGCUCUAUCCAAUGUGGAGAUGAAAAAUAAAGAAGCAGCAUAUCAGGCAUGGCUUGGUUACUACAACUCUAACAAGAAAGUGGGGAAAGAUAAGUAUAGGUUAGUGGAGCUUGCAAAUGAGUUCAGUCGAUGCAUGGGGCUUGUGAAAGAGAGAAAUGUUCUUGAAUUGAAAUGCCUCCACUUAUAG